CUUAAGCCUACAAGCAGUCCGUCUUACUUUCUUUCCUGUUCAUGUUUUCCAGGUUCCAGUCCAGCAGCUAAAGCGAGGGCAGACGGUGGAGAAUAUCCUGACUGUGGGAAAGGUUUCACGCAGAUAGGGCAUUUAAACAAAACCCAACGAACUCACACAGGCGAGAAACCAUAUCACUGCUCUGACUGUGGGAAAAGUUUCAAUCAUUUUAGAAACCUAAAACAACACCAGCGAAUUCACACAGGAGAGAAACCGUAUCACUGCUUUGACUGUGGGAAGAGUUUCAGUCAGUUAAACAGCCUUGUUUUACACGAGCGAACUCACACAGGAGAGAAACCGUAUCACUGUUCUGACUGUGGGAAGAGUUUCAGUCAGUCAAACAGCCUUGUUUUACACCAGCGAACUCACACAGGAGAGAAACCGUAUCACUGCUCGGACUGUGGGAAGAGUUUCAGUCGGUCAGACAGCCUUGUUUCACACCAGCGAACUCACACAGGAGAGAAACCGUAUCACUGCUCUGACUGUGGGAAGAGUUUCAGACAGUUAGGAAGCCUAAAAGAACACCAGCGAGUUCACACAGGAGAGAAACCGUAUCACUGCUCUGACUGUGGGAAGAGUUUCAGUCAGUUAGGAAGCCUAAAAGGACACCAACGAACUCACGCAGGAGAGAAACCAUAUCACUGUUCUGACUGUGGGAAGAGUUUCAGUUGGUCAGACAGCCUUGUUCCACACCAGCGAACUCACACAGGAGAGAAACCAUAUCACUGCUCGGACUGUGGGAAGAGUUUCAGUCGGUCAGACCACCUUGUUUCACACCAGCGAACUCACACAGGAGAGAAACCGUAUCACUGUUCUGACUGUGGGAAGAAUUUCAGUCGGUCAGACAGCCUUGUUUCACACCAGCGAACUCACACAGGAGAGAAACCGUAUCACUGUUUUGACUGUGGGAAGAGUUUCAGACAGUCAAACAGCCUUGUUUCACACCAGCGAACUCACACAGGAGAGAAACCGUAUCACUGUUCUGACUGUGGGAAGAGUUUCAGUCAGUUAGGAAGGCUAAAAGGACACCAGCGAACUCACACAGGAGAGAAACCGUAUCACUGUUCUGACUGUGGGAAGACUUUCAUUCGGUCAGACAGCCUUGUUUUACACCAGCGAACUCACACAGGAGAUAAACCAUAUCACUGCUCUUGCUGUGGGAAGAGGUUCAGUCAUUUAGGAAGCCUAAAAAAACACCAGCGAGUUCACACAGGAGAGAAACUGUGUUGCUGCUCUGACUGUAGGAAGAGUUUCCGUCUUAAACAAGCCAUUCAAAAACACCAGCGAAUUCACAGAGGAGAGAAACCUUAAAGACUGUUUUGUAUAUCACUCUUAACCCUUUGCGGUCCAUUUUUUCAGCAUGUAUGUUUUGUGUAUCACUCUUAAGAGCAUGCAUUUUAAAUUAUAAAAAUGCAAAUCCACUCUCUUGCUCUCUGUCAAAGUGGGCGGUGACGCUGACACGUCACAAGAGGCUUCUCUGCUGUCAGUUUAACUCAGGCUGUCAAUGCAGUCAGUGCCUGGGAGUGGGAAUAUGCAGAAAGGAAACUAUUCCACACCUCAUCUGAUGGACGAGUCAGGAGAAAUCACUAACUCAGUGUGGAAAUGAGUUUCAGGAUUUAACAUUUAAACUUAAUUAACUUGAAAAUAAAUAAAUUGAUGGGAAUGAGUAUCCAGACCCCUGAUGUAGCAUCCCAGAGACGAGACUGCAGCGUCCUUACUGGGCAACCGCCUGGAGGAUGGGUCUUGGAAAUUCAUCACUAUUCAAAAACGUAUGAAAACUGAUAGUGUUGCAUGACUGUAUUAUGACAUGAAUGAGUGAAUAUUGCGUGACGUGUCACUUUGCAGUGUGCAUUGUCCAUGCUUGUGUUUGUGUUGCUUUUGUAAAGUGCCUCGAGUAAUAGCAGUGCAGCAGGCAUGUGUGCGGAUCUUGGGUACAGAAAGUCAUAGCGGUUUCAUCCCUGGCUCUUUCUUGCUCUUUUGCAAUAUCUUGCACUUGGUGACAAAUUCCCAAUGAAAAUGUAGCUGAGCUAUGACUAUUAAUCAGGGUUCGUACGCUAGUCUGGAGUCUGGAAAAAGUAUGGAAAAAUGCAAAACUGAUUUCCAGGGCUUGAAAAUGCUUGAAAAACUAUGUCUCAGUUAUGAAAGUUUUCAAAAAGUCUGGAAUUUUACUAGCAUCACGGGAGAAUGAAAAUGAUUCUGCGAUUACUUUUAUUAUUAAUAAUAAUUGAUCUCUAAAGCGGGUCAGCAGCUCUAGCAGUAACUGUCUAGACAGUUUACUAGUAGCAGCUAUGUUGCUUGUGACCAAAUCCCACGAGGAUUGCCCCGUGUAACACCCCUGACAACGCCCAGACAACUCAAAAGCAAUCCUAUCCAGUCAGCGCACUGGUAUAUGUCACAUGAAUGUCUGCUCCAGUGAAACGAAGGGUAAAAUGGACUCUACGACAGCCAAGGCUAUGAUUUUUUAAACAGUUACAGACUGGAAUUACAAGCUACUGUACUCUGCUCACCGAGAUUCACAUUGUGUUAUCUUGUUGUUACCUUUAUUAAAUCGUUAAUGUUAUUUCCCAACCCAGGAAAAAAAAAUCGAAUACGAUAGUUAGGGUGUAUUCAAACUGGGCUCAUUUCAAACAUCCUCAGUUCGGUUUGUUUGCUUUGAAGCAGUGUAUCAAUGUGCUAGCUGUUCACACUUGCCUUGUAUACAAACGUACUGAGUUUGUUUGGAAAUUAACUGGGGCUCGUUUUCGUGGUUCACUUCCAUGUUUUCCCAGGACUCAGUUCACUUGUGUUCAUAUUGAAAUAAUCAGGGCAGCAGUGUGGAGUAGUGGUUAGGGCUCUGGACUCUUGACAGGAGGGUUGUGAGUUCAGUCCCAGGUGGGGGACACUGCUGCUGUACCCUUGAGCAAGCCUCUGGACUUUACCUAGAUUGCUCCAGUAAAAACCCAACUGUAUAAAUGGGUAAUUGUAUGUAAAAAUAAUGUGAUAUCUUGUAACAAUUGUAAGUCGCCCUGGAUAAGGGCGUCUGCUAAGAAAUAAAUAAUAAUAAUCAAGUGAACUUGUUUUUUAUUAAUAAAAGACCAUCGGAUGUUUACAUUUUCUGGCAUU